AUGGGCGGAGAAUCACACCGCAAUGUACCGGUCCCAGUUGUGGCCAAAGAAUACCCCAAACUGGCGGCUGGUCCCGUUGGUAAGCAGAUUCACAGUAUUUACCAGAGUCGCUUGAGGCAGUUUAUGGAUGGAGGACAAUAUAGAGGACAGAGUCUUAUAGGCAAGCUCACCGAGGCUACCGCAUCCGGUACCGACUGGAUUAAGCUCUCUGUCUACUCACCUCCAAACCUCUCACGUCCGCUUUUCAAAGAUGCAACCUCGCACGCGUUCCAGCCCACCAAAGUCGGCGAGAAGUUCGGCCCCAGCUGGUCGACGCAUUGGUUCAAGGUCCAGCUUACUCUCCCCAAGCACAUGCUGGACAAGGAGCACCUUGAGUUUGUCUGGGACGCGGAUAACGAGGGCUUAAUUUGGACGGAAGAUGGACACACUGUACAUGGCUUGACUGGCGGAGGCGAGCGGACACAAUGGAUACUACCCAAGGCGUUCCGGGACGGCAAGGAGCAUACCUUCUACAUUGAGAUGGCAUGCAACGGAAUGUUCGGAAAUGCUCCCGGUGGUGAUUCAAUCCAGCCGCCUGCUCCUGAUAGGUACUACACCCUACACACUGCCGAGGUUCAGGCUGUCAACCUAGAAGCAAGAGCUCUUUACUUUGACUUUUGGGAGAUCUCGGAUGCUGCCCGCGAGUUCCCUUCGGACUCGACCCAGGCGCAUGAUGCCCAACAGAUUUGCAAUCGAAUUAUGGAUACAUUUAUUGCCGGUAAUGGAAGCCAGGAGAGCCUCAAGGCGGCUCGCAAGAUUGCUGCCGAAUACGUCGGAAAGAAUGUGGAUUCCGCCAAGGUGUACGAAGGUGACCAAGAGGCUCUCGUGCACGGUAUCGGUUACUGCCAUAUCGACACAUGUUGGCUGUGGCCGUUCGACGAGACGAAGCGCAAGGUCAACCGAUCCUGGUCGAACCAGUGCGAUCUCAUUGACCGAUACCCCGAACUUCGCUUCUGCUGUUCGCAGGCACAGCAGUACAAGUGGCUUGAGCAAUACUACCCAUCCACAUUUGACCGUGUUAAGAAGAAGGUCAAGGAAGGCAGCUUCCAACCUAUCGGUGGUAGCUGGGUUGAGCAUGACACCAACUUGCCUGGCGGAGAGUCUCUCAUCAGGCAAUUCUUGUACGGCCAACGUUACUUUGAGAGUAGAUUUGGCCAGCGGUGUCGCACAUUCUGGCUUCCGGAUACCUUCGGGUACUCCACACAGUUGCCGCAGAUCUGUCGCAUUUCUGGGAUGACGAGGUUCCUGACCCAGAAGUUGAGCUGGAACAACAUCAACGACUUCCCCCACACCACCUUCAACUGGGUCGCUCUGGACAACAGCCAGGUCGUUUGCCAUAUGCCGCCAUCGGAGACUUAUACUUGCGAAGCCAACUUUGGCGACGUCAAGCGUAGCGUCACCCAACACAAGUCUCUUGACCAAGACAAGUCGUCCUUGAUUGUCUUUGGCAAGGGAGAUGGAGGCGGUGGCCCAACAUGGCAGCACCUUGAAAAGCUUAGGCGAUGCCGCGGAAUCAGUGACACGGCAGGACUGCUACCUCGACUCAAGCUUGGUGACUCUGCAGAUGACUUCUUCGAUCGUCUAGAAAAGAAGGUCGAGAAUGGCACUGAGCUUGUCACAUGGUACGGCGAGCUGUACUUUGAGCUUCACCGUGGUACCUACACUACGCAAUCCAACAACAAGCGCAACAACAGAAGGUCCGAAAUCAUGCUGAGGGACAUUGAGUACCUUGCGACUCUCGCUACGAUCAAGAACGGGUUUGGCAAACGCAGCUCGUACAAGUAUCCCAAGAAGGAUAUUGACGACAUGUGGGAGAAUGUGCUGUUGUGCCAGUUCCACGACUGUCUGCCUGGAAGUUCGAUCGAAAUGUGCUACGAUGACUCCGAUCGCAUCUAUGCCGAAGUAUUCGCUACUGGAGAGCGACUGUUGUCUGAUGCGCUGGCCGAGCUCGGUUUCGACGACAAUGAGUCGGCCUGGAAUGAAGAUACUAAGCUCUUCGCCAUGAACACCUUGCCAUGGAAUCGCACGGAGAUUGUGGAACUCCCGAGCACAGCAAGCCAAGCAAGAUACGGUUCUGCUAAGACCAAGUAUGGUCUUGCACAUCGAAAUGGGACAGAGAAGGGCUUGGGCGCUCUAGAGGUCCUCCCUCUAGCAUCCCAGUUCUCGGCAAACCAGGUGUCUAUCCAAGAAAUCCGUACCAACGUGUACGAGCUCCGCAACUCACAGUUUGUCGUUCAAGUUGAAAAGGGCGCAAUCACGUCGCUUUACGACAUAGUUGCCGACCGCGAGCUGAUCCCCAAGGGCGCAAAGGCCGGUCAGCUCGUCAUCUUCGAUGAUAAGCCUCUGUACUGGCAGGCAUGGGAUGUCGAAGUGUACCAUUUGCAAUCGCGUCAGGAACUUGAGCCCAGCAAGGUUACAGUCACAGAGAAUAACAUUCACCGCGUGAGCCUGCAAAUUGAAACCAAGAUCUCUGACAAAUCUUGGGUCAAGACGACAAUGAGUCUCGCCGCAGCUGUAGGCUCAGCACCAGCAGCAAUUGAGUUUGAUGCGGAAAUUGAAUGGCACGAGACGAUGCGAUUCCUCAAGGUCGAGUUCCCCGUCGACAUUGUAAACACAGAAGCCAGCUACGAAACGCAAUUUGGCAUCGUCCGCCGACCCACACACUACAACACAUCCUGGGACAUGGCCAAGUUCGAAGUCUGCUGCCACAAGUGGGCCGACCUAUCUGAAGCAACAUACGGUGUGUCCAUUCUCAACGACAGCAAAUACGGCUUCGCCGUCGCUGGAAACGUCAUGCGUCUCUCGCUGCUCCGCUCCUCCAAGGCCCCAGACGCCCACGCAGACAUGGGCUCCCACAAGACACGCUACGCCAUCUUCCCGCACAAGGGCCCCCUAGACCAGCGCACUGUCCGCAAAGCCUUUGAAUUCAACAACCCCCUCAAAAUCGUCGGUCGCAACACCAGUCUCUCAACCGCACACACCAGCUUCCUCAACCCCUUCCACAUCUACGGCGCUGACAACCUCGUCUUGGAUACCAUCAAGCGCGGUGAGGACGACGAGGAUGUAUCGAGGGGUGAGUUGCCUGUUAAAGACGGCCAUUGUGUUGUGCUGAGGGUGUACGAUUCGCUGGGUGGAAAGAGUAAGGGUGUGCUAACUUGGGGUGACUUGAAAGUUAAGAAGGUGGUUAAAUGUAAUGCGUUGGAGGAUGAAGAGGAGGAGUUGGGGAUUAGAGAGGUUAGUGUCAAGGAUGGGGAGAUGGAGGAGAAGGGUGUGCCGAUUGAGAUUCGGGCGUUUGAGGUGGCGACUUUCAAGUUGGUGCUUGAGUAGUGGGGAUGUGUUUCUAGUUUAGUACCGCUGGCGCUUGGUUUGCGUGGGUAGCAGGUUAUGAAUAUUUAUGAUCAUUUCGAGCA